CAACGAAGUUCAAGUUGACUCAUACCCCUCGCUUGUUCUUCGGCGAACACACCAAGCGCACUACUUGAAAAACAACCCUGUAAUUCGGACGUAAAUAAACGAUGCGGCUGCUGGAUGUGAAAGUUGUUCUCGAUAGGGAAAAGGACACCCAAGGAACUGGACUACAAGCUAAAAUCUUUAGUGAACUUGAUGGCGGGUCUGAAGAAUAUGCAGUACUGUCACAUCGCUGGGGAAAGGAAGAGGUCACCUACGAUGAAAUGACCCGGCUCAUGGAAGUGGUUGAACCUGCCAGGGAAGAGGUUAAACAGCGCGCCGGCUACCAGAAGAUCGUCAAGAGCUGUGAGUGGGCCAUGAAUGACGGCUAUAGGUGGAUGUGGAUCGAUACGUGUUGCAUCGACAAACAGAAGAUCCUUGAGCUGUCGGUCGCCAUUAGGUCAAUGUAUCGGUGGUACAGUAAAUCGCAGAAAUGCUACGUGUACCUCAACGAUGUUGAAGACUCGAACUUUCCAACUGAGCAAGACUUCAGCAGGUUUGGCAAAACCAACGGUUGGCCAGAGUGGUUCUCGCGGGGCUGGACGCUCCAAGAGCUCAUCGCGCCGAAACAAGUCAAAUUCUUCAACAAGGGCUGGGCUUGCAUUGGUGACAAGGAGAGUCUCGCAGACACGUUGGAGAACAUUACGCGGAUCCCUGUCGAUGUUUUGAAGGAUGGGCUGCAGUCCAGGCGUCGUUGCGUUGCGCAAAUUAUGUCUUGGGCAGCGGACCGGAAAACGGAGAGACUGGAAGACCGAGCAUAUUCGCUACUGGGACUAUUCGAGGUGGACAUCCCUCUGUCCUACGGAGAGGGCGAAAAAGCAUUUUGGAAACUACAGCUUGAAAUCAUCAAGAUGCGCAACGAUCACAGCAUAUUCGCAUGGAACCCCAAAGGGCAGUUUCACCAGUGUGGCAGUGUCUUGGCUGACGACCCAAGCUACUUCCGUGAUUGCCACAACAUUGAAAAGGUGGAACCCGGCGAGUUCGUCGACGAACUAACGAAAUAUAUUCGUCAGAACCGACUCGCCAUCGCCAGGUGGCCCCACCUCCGUCCGAGGUCACGCAGUGGUGCCCUUCGCGAACUGCCUAACAUACUCCUCGUCCCUGAUGGCAUUCGAAUUUAUUUGCCCGUGAUACCCCAUCGCGACUCUGCAUCGGUCUUCAGAGCCAUACUGGCCUGUCGAGACUACUACGGAAACCUGAUUACCAUCGAUUUCAAAUCUUCUGGAGUUAGCUCCUACAGGAUCCCUGCCACUAGACGUAUUCGUAAAUCGCGUCCCCCGGAGCUUAGGAUUCACUAUCUCGCUUGGUCGGCCCCAUACAGCGGGGAAGAGUGCCAUCAUUUUAAACUCCAUGACACCCUUACCUCGUAUCAUGGUUUCACCCGUCGCGGCACGUUUCCACACAUGAUCGCAGAUAACGCAGUCACACUCUCGUCGCUCAUAAACGAUUUCAUCGUCGUAGUGUAUGCCAGCCACGAUUCCAGGCAUCUAUUUGCAGUUGGACUUGCACACUACCUCGGUACACCAUCGGUCCACGUGGUGUGUGACGAAUCAUCUGCGAAUCAAGAGGUGCCGUGGACAGAGUUCGCCAAGAAAGUAUACGAUACGCUGUGGAGUGCGCCAGUCGAGGACUUUUUUAUCAGCGGCGUGAAGUGCGCUCACCUUCCUCGGACAAUCUGGGAUUCGAAGGUUGUAUGGUACAGUGGGAACGUGCAGACCCAUGUGAUGGUCGACGUCGAGCAAUGCUCCGGUUGUUGCGUUGGGCCACGCGAAUAAUGAUUGGGAUCGUCU